AUGAGCUGCCCUGAGUCCCAAAAGACAAGUGGGAAGAACACGAGUUUGGAUAAACAAAUUAUCUUCAAAAAAAGCACCCGUGACAAAGCUCUGACUGUCUACCUGGGGAAGCGGGACUUUGUUGACAACGCAGGGAAUGUGGAACCUGUAGAUGGUGUUGUGAUGGUAGACCCUGCAGUUAUCAAGGACAGAAAAGUUUAUGUGUCCCUGACCUGUGCAUUCCGGUAUGGCCGGGAAGACAUUGAUGUGAUGGGUCUCACCUUCCGACGAGACCUGUUCUUCUCUAGGGUCCAAGUGUACCCCCCUGCUGACAAGCCAGGGUCACUCUCCCACUUGCAGGAAUCUUUGUUGAAGAAGCUGGGGAAAAAUGCUUAUCCCUUUUUCUUUACAUUCCCAGAUUACCUGCCAUGUUCAGUCUGUCUGCAGCCUGGACCUCGUGAUGUUGAUAAGACCUGUGGGGUGGACUUUGAGGUGAAAGCUUUCUCAACAGAGAAUCUGGAAGAGAGAAUUCGUAAGAGGGACUCCGCACGUCUGCUGAUCCGUAAGGUGCAAUACGCUCCGGAAAAUCCAGGCCCCCAACCUUGUGCAGAAACCACCUGGCAGUUCUUCAUGUCCAACAAGCCAUUGCACUUGAAAGCUUGCCUCAGUAAAGAGGUGUACUACCAUGGAGAGCCUAUUCCAGUCACGGUCACCAUCAACAACAGCACAGACAAAAUGGUAAAGAAGAUCAAAGCCCAGGUGGAACAGGUUGCCAAUGUGGUUUUGUACUCCAGUGACUUCUAUACAAAAGUGGUAGCUGCUGAGGAAGCACAGGAAAAGGUGCAGCCAAACAGCAGCCUGACCAAGACACUGACACUGCUGCCCUUGCUCGCAAACAAUCGGGGGAUCCGGGAAAUAGCUCUGGAUGGAAAGCUAAAGGAUGAGGACACCAACCUGGCUUCUAGUACCAUAAUUAAGGAUGGAAUAGACAAGACAGUGAUGGGGAUUCUGGUUUCCUACAAGGUCAAAGUGAAGCUCACUGUUCCAGGCAUGUUUGGAGACCUUACUUCCAGUGAAGUGGGCACAGAGCUGCCAUUUCGUCUCAUGCACCCCAAACCUGAGGAAAAGAACCCAGCAGGGAAGUCUGGUGAAGCAGAGCUGGUAUUUGAGGAGUUUGCUCGUCAACAGCUCAAAGAUAUGACUGAUGAUGUAGACAAGAAUAAAUCCUCAACUGAUGAGUGA